UACCAACACUAAUUUGCAUCCUGAAAAUAACAAAUAAAAAAAUUGUUAGCCGCUGCUACCGCUUUCGCCGUUGCAAUAUUUAUCCUGAACUCUGAUCCCGUUCAAAAUGGAAGACGCCGCCAAUCGACAGCUAGCGUCUCAGCAGGAUGAGCAACGGCAGUUCAUUUGCGGUGUUAUUGAGGGCUUCUACGGCCGACCAUGGACAACCGAACAGCGCAAAGAUUUGUUUCGCAAACUCAAGAAGCUGGGCAUGGACUCUUAUAUGUAUGCACCCAAGGACGAUUACAAGCACAGGGCAUACUGGCGUGAAUUAUAUACAGUAGAGGAAGCUGAUCAUUUAUCAGGUUUAAUUGCUGCUGCCAAGGAAGCCGGCAUUGUGUUCUACUACGCCCUGUCGCCGGGCCUGGACAUGACAUACAGCAGCCAGAAAGAGAUAGCGACCUUAAAACGGAAGCUAGAUCAGGUAUCACAAUUCGGAUGCGAAGCCUAUGCCCUACUCUUCGAUGACAUUGAAUCGGAGCUGUGCAAGUCUGACAAAGAGGUCUUUCAGACCUUUGGCAAUGCUCAGGUGUCGGUGACAAACGAAAUUUACCUUCACUUGGGCGGACCCAAAUUUCUAUUUUGCCCUACCCAGUAUUGCGUCACCCGUGCCGUGCCUACCAUCCAAGAAUCGGAGUAUUUAAAUACAUUGGGCUCCAAGCUAAACAAUGAAAUCGAUAUUCUAUGGACGGGGGAUAAGGUGAUCUCGAAAACGAUUACCAUUGAAUCUAUACAGGAAAUCACUGAAGUUCUACGUCGACCGCCUGUUAUUUGGGAUAAUCUUCAUGCCAAUGAUUAUGAUCAGAAGCGAGUGUUUCUGGGACCCUAUACUGGUCGAUCGCCAGCUUUAAUACCACAUCUUCGCGGGGUUAUGACGAAUCCCAAUUGUGAAUUCUUCGCCAACUUUAUUGCGAUUCAUUCAUUGGCAUUUUGGUCACGCUGCAAUAUGGAUUCCAAGAUGAAUAGCUCGCUGAGUGCCGAUAUUAAAUUAGAGACUGAAAAUGAGGAUGAGGUCCCCGUGGAAUUUCUAUCAAAGAAUGUAUAUCAUCCACGUUUGGCCUUAAAGAAUGCCCUUAACGAAUGGCUGCCCGAAUUCUUUGUGGAACGAGAAGCCUGGGGACCCAUAACUAAGCCGCAACCGCAAGUACAAAUGGUUAUGCCAAUCAUACCAAUUAUACCAUCCAUUAACACUUGCAUGAGUCUGACAACAACCACCACGACCACUUCAACGAGCACGAGGACAGUGCCAGAGGUGAAUACCACUCAAUUGCAGGCUCUGGCCGAUGUCUGUAGCACUGUUAGCUCGGCUAUGACGCCCAUAUGCAAUCCGGUGAUGAAUUCCCUGGUCUCGCCCACCAAAGUCAUAACCAACGAGGAAAUUAUCAAUCCUAUACCUACUACAGCCGCUAGCAACAUUGAGUUGCCCAAGAAGAUACCGAUUUCUAUUGUUCCGGUCCCCAUAAUGGAGGCGAAAAAUGUUGAUCCUACGUUGGAGGAUAGUCUGGAUAGCGAGGAAGCUAAGCAAGAGGAUAUUGCCAUUGAGGAUGAAAAAACCAGAGAUUUAGAACCCGUAACUUCAAGUCUUAGUGUGGACACAAUGCUAGAUGACAACAGCUUGAGUCCCUUAAGCGCCGGCAUCAAUGAACCCAUGGAAUGCAGCAGCAGUCUAGCAUCGCAAGUAUCUCCAAAAGAGGAGCAGCAGCUACAAACACCUAAAUUGAUUGCCGACGAUGUUCUUAUGGAAUCGGUCAACGAUGUACAUAUCAUGCAUGUAGAAAGCUCGGCCUCGUCCUCAUUAUCAAAUGCCGAAAUGCGAGAGGAUGAACAAAUCAUUAAAAAUGAUGAGCCUACUCCUGUUGGAUCCAAGAUAAAUCUGGAGGACUUAAGCCUGCUCUCUGAUCUUUUCUAUCUGCCUUUUGAACAUGGCAGUCGUGGCUUAAAGCUCCUUAGUGAGUUCAACUGGCUAAAAAGCAAUGCCAAUGUCCUGCUCCAGGCCAGCGGUGAUGCCAACAAGGAAUGGCUGCAACGAUGUGGAGCUUAUGAUAAUCUUUGCGCUUCUGUGCAAGAAUUGUUAAUGAAAAUUGCCGGCUGCGAAAAUAAGGAAAUCUGCCAUGAGUUGUAUUCCUAUGUGUGGGACAUUUCGGGUGCCCUCUCACUCCUGAAUGGCUAUGUCAAAUGGUUAGCUUUAGGACAGUUUCCUCAAAAUAUGGCUUCGUAUACUGAAGGCAGCUACACCUGGUUUAGCAAAGGAUGGAAAGAAGCUUUUAUGUCUGGGGAUCAGGAGCCAUGGGUUUUUCGUGGCGGACUUAUUGCCGAUUUGCAGCGUCUGAUGCCUGUAGAUUCGGCCAAUGAUCUGUUUAUCUACAAAUUACCCGAACAACCUACGUCCAAUUAUUAUCUUCUAAGGCCUUAUUGCAGUACGGAUGAGCAGGAAGUGAAUGAUGUUUGUACUCGAUCAUAUCUGGAGUGCAGUCCCAAUCUGCAUGAUGAUGAUGAUGAUGCUGAUAAUGAGCAGAUACCUGCGCUACCGACCAAUGUAAUCAAUAUUGUGGCGGAUGCCAUUGUGGGCGCCCAUUUGACGCUGGACUCGAAAUUUUGCAUUGUGGCCUAUGAUGGGAAUGAAAGCAUUGUGGGUUAUGCCUGUGCUUCCUUGGAUGUCAAUUUAUACCAUCGAAACUGGGAGUUAUGCUGGCUACCGGAACUUCGUGAAAAAUAUCCGAAAUCUCUUAUCGAUCCGGAGGAUGAUGCAAAUUUAGUGGGUAAUGGCAAAUUGCAGCAGCUCAUUCAUAGUUUUGUGGAUAAAUUCCAUAAUAGCACAGAACCGCUGGAAAUAUGUCCACCUGCCGAGGUAACCAGCUCCUUUCCGGCCGUAAUGUGUGCAGCCACCACAAAAGAAGCAGAUCAGCAGGACAAUGGCAUUGCCAAGCGUAUGCUGACAGUCCUUUUGGCGGCAUUGCGUGCCAAUGGCUGCUUUGGGGUGCAUGUAUGUGUACCUGAACACAAUGUGGAUCAGGUCAAUUUCUAUACAAAAAUUGGCUUUGUCGAUGUGUAUCGUGAAGAGAGCAGACAUUGCAUUUAUUUGGGGCGACGUUUCUAGCAGCAGCAUGAGCAGCUAGUUGGCCAGUUGUCACGAUUUUUUGUGCUCAAGCCGUUGUCACAUUGCGCUUUUUUGUAGCAGACUUUGUGAUUGAUAUCGGCUGCCUUAUGGUUCCUUAUUAUUCUGUAUUCCGUGUACUCUAUGGUGUACUAGCGCCAUUUUUCAUGUAUUCUCGUCGUUUAAGGUCUGGUUCUCGUUUUAUACUCUGUGUCCAAUCUUUUUUUUGUCUUAGUCUUAACAUGAAAUUUUUUCUAUUUUUUUUAUAUUAACGACCAACUUGACGAUAGCCAAGCGAGUCCUGGCUGAAUUGAUCCCUUAUCCUAGCAUUUAUAUAAUACGUAUGUAUGUAUAUUGAUUCUAUUAAAGAUAUCUAAUAUUCAACAACUAAAA